AUGGAAGCCAAAGCCAAUGUCGUUGAGACAUCAAAAGCCAAAGUUCCAGAAAACAAAGGCAAGAAAGUUGCAAAGAACAAUGCCAAUACUCAUGCACCAAAAGGCAAGGAUUUCAAGAAAAUCAAAGGCACUUGCUGGGUAUGUGGAAAAACAGGGCAUAAAGCACAAGAUUGCUGCCACCGAAGAGACCAAAAUCCAACCAAUCCUCAAGCCAACAUGACUGAAGUCAAUGACAAUUUUGUGGCUGUAGUGUCUGAAACCAAUAUGGUUUCUGAUACUAAGGACUGGUGGGUUGAUACAUGUGCUACUAGGCACAUUUGUGGUGACAGAAAUCUGUUCACUGAUUACAAACAGAAUUCUGGUGUUGAGAAACUGUACAUGGGAAAUGCCUCUGUAUUUGCAGUUGAAGGCAAAGGCAGUGUGCUGCUAAAGUUCACUUCUGGGAAGGUUUUAACCCUUUUGGAUGUACUGCAUGUUUCUGAAAUUAGGAAGAACUUAGUGUCUGGUCCUAUUCUUAGUAAGAAGGGUUUCAAACUUGUAUUUGAAUCUGACAAGUUCAUCCUAACCAAAGAAGGGCUGUUUGUUGGAAAGGGUUACCUUGCUGAUGGCUUAUUCAAACUCAAUGUAAUUGGCAAUGAUGCUUUUAAUAAAAUAAAUAAGGUUUCCGUUUACUUUGCUGAGUCUUCAAAUAUUUGGCAUGCUAGAUUAGGUCAUGUAAAUUAUUGA